CUCCAAACUCCAGGACGCACGCUGCGCACUGUGACGCGCGCGCGCCCACACACACACACACACACAUACAUACACAUAUACACACACACACACACACAUACGCAAACAUACAGGCGUGCGCGCGCGCUCCUUUUCCGGCCCGAUUUCGGAUCACUGAUGUGUGCACGUGCAAGUGGAAUCAUGCCUACAUACCGCUGUCGGAGGAAACGGAGAAAAUAGAAGAUCCGCCGAGUUUUGCAGGAAGUCUCAUGGUCCACAUGAAGGAGGUUAAGAUCGGAGGGUGCGCAUGUGUGUUGGUGUUGUUAUUUUCCGGGCUUGUCGCCUGCUCUGGUGUGUUUGGAAGCCCUUUGACUGACGAUGUGGCCACACUAGACACACUGAGAGAAAACAUUCCCAAGGAUUACAAAAUUCGUGUUCGUUACAUUUCCAAAAACGUGGGAGGGACGUGCUGGGUUCACCUGAACCUGUAUCCAGCAGAGAGCAGUUUGAAAAACCUAGCCCUGAAGUUUGGCAACCUUUCAGCCAACAGAGAAAAUAUUACUAUCUUCAUCACCAUGCUGCAAGGACUCCGCUUCACCAUCGAUAACGACGAGCUGGAGUCAACAAUGCAGGCCUUUAAGUGUCAUUAUCGGAGUGCACGAUGGUCCACCAGACGCUACUUCGACCACGUCAAAGAGGUUCUUGUAACAUUUGCCUCGACACCCCGCCAGUUUUACUGUACUCCUCCUCCAUGUCCCACCCCUACUGCACCUCCAGUUAUGUCAGAUCGGCGUGUGAUUGACAGAGCGAUCCCUGGUGUUCUAGCAUUAGUCAUCAUUCCCUGUCUUGCUGCACUUGCACUCAUUCUCAGAGCAGUGCUUCGUCGAAAACUGUGCUGUGCAGAAAGGAGACGUGAACAGACCAAUGACAUGGAGCCACAAAGUGACCCUGAAGCCAGUAUAGAUGCGUCACACAAUGGCAGUGAAUCAUCCUUCUUAAAUAACCAAUGCAGGGUGCAGCAGGUUGAGGACACAGGAGUUUAAUCCAGCGCACCUAAAGUAUUUGACGGAAUUCUUUGGAUAUAUGAAGUACAUAAUGAAGGGCGUUGAACAGAAUCCCAGGAUUGACUGUUCUUACCAACCCUCUUUGUUGGCUUAAAGGUUAUACACUAAACAGUUAGCUAUGUGUUUGAUGAAUACCCAACAAAUGACCUCACUUGCAAGAAUCCUAACAUCUUCCGCCCCCAGCAUCGGACUCUCCAGCUGCCCAAUAGAUAGAAAAUCAAUGUGCUUCUGCUGGAUUGCACAAACAAGAAGCAAUCUUGAAAAGCGCCUGGUGGAACGCUUUGGUGAUUUAGUGGUUUGGCCGGAACAGGAAGCACAGCUCUUUUGAAGAAACGGUCACAGCAGAGGCGUAACCGCUGCAAUGCCUGCGGCAGGUCCAUCUCUUUGAGGCUGACUGCUGGUGCUGCAGGCCUCAUUUUGGAGGACAAAUGGCUUUUUUGUACUGUAUUGCCAAGGCUUCCUCCAUGUUGCAGCGUAGCACUGCGGCAGAACAGUGGGCGUACUUGUCCUGGCGGUAUGCACAGUUGGGAGCACUGGAUGGCGGAUGAAAGCUCUGUUGCAGAUUGCAGUUCAUUCAUCGCAUUUUAGGAUUUCUGUGAGGACAGGGCCAGUGUCACCAAAUGUGGGCGUGAGAGGUACAGCGGUGAUGGCGGUUGCAUUGUUUAUUACAGGAGUGUGUUUGUUUGUGUGGGAAGCGUGGUAAGAGGCAUCACACUCAUGUUAUUAAAGCCAAGGUCAUCUUGUAUGCGGGAUGUAUUGUUUCUGGUGGUCAUAUUGAAAUUCAGCAAUUGUAUGAACUAGCCCACUCCAAAAGUACGUUCUUUUCAAACAAA